AUGACUCUGAUCGCUUCUGAAGCUCUCGAGGCCCGAGAAGCGGACGCGAAGCCAUCUCUUGCAAUUCUUGUUCCGUAUUUUCAUAUAACGGUUCCUCCGGUCCCAGGCUGCAGCUCCAGUUCACUACGCCAAGGGGCGCCAGCUUCUACGGGUCCAGCUUUGCCUGACGCUAAGGGGGGGAGUACAGCGUCCAGUCUCUUAGGCAACCAUAUCAACUUCCGGUUUGCGGCGAGGACGUGGUUGCAAGACAGGUUCUCUCGAGCCGCCAAGCUGGAGUUGGAUCUGGAACUCCGUGGGACCGGGUCCCCGGCUGCUGGGAACCGGCUUCUCCAGGAUGAGGUCCCGGCGGAGAAUGAACCGGAGGCUGUGGCAGGCUCCCGGCGGAGCGGCGGGGGCGGGAGCCCUCUGCGCUGGUUCAUCACCGUGAUCCUGUGUGCCGCCUUCCUGGGGCUGGGAUUGAGUGUCUCUAUCCUGGGACCCACAUUUCCAGAUUUGGCAGCAAAUGUAAACCGUAACAUCAGCAGUCUUUCUCUGAUUUUUGUGGGCCGUGCUUUUGGAUAUCUGAGUGGCUCUGUGAUCGGUGGAGUUCUUUUUGACGCUAUGAAUCAUUUUUUACUUUUGGGGCUGUCGUUGCUGGCCACCACCGUGGGCCUUUACCUCGUGCCGCUUUGUAAGACGGCAGUGCUGCUGGUUGUCAUGAUGGCCGUCUUUGGUGUUUCGAUUGGCAUUCUGGAUACAGGUGGUAACGUCUUAAUCUUGGCUAUUUGGGGCGACACAGGAGCCCCACACAUGCAGGCCUUACACUUCAGUUUUGCCUUGGGGGCCUUUUUGGCUCCCCUGCUGGCUAAAGUGGCUCUGGGCGCACCGGCGGCGGCUGGAAACCACACCGAGGCCGAGGCCGACGCUAACCGCUCGUCUCUCAGCCAGUCACCUGGAGCUGACUCAGAAUCUCUGUUCGGAGUACCUGGCAAUAUGCGUUUGCUGUGGGCGUAUGUUAUUAUCGGUACUUACAUUUUUGUAGUUUGCCUCUUUCUGUUUGCUCUGUUUUUAAAGAAAAGCUCACAGCAGGAAAAAGUGAAAGCAUCUGCCCAGAGGUCCCGAAGAGCUAAAUAUCACAACGCCCUUCUUUGUCUCCUUUUUGUGUUCUUCUUCUUUUAUGUCGGAGCCGAGGUCACCUAUGGCUCUUACGUUUUCUCGUUUGCAGUCACCCAUGCCGGCAUGGCCGAGAGUGAAGCGGCUGGGCUGAACUCCAUAUUCUGGGGGUCCUUUGCAGCCUGCAGGGGCCUGGCCAUCUUUUUUGCCACAUGUUUACAACCUGGAACGAUGAUUGUGUUGAGCAAUAUUGGCAGCCUGGCAUCAUCUUUAUUUCUGGUGAUUUUUAACAAGAAUGCGACUUGUCUGUGGGUCGCAAGUUCAGUGUAUGGGGCCUCGAUGGCGACCACGUUCCCCAGCGGUAUUUCUUGGGUUGAGCAGUACACGACCAUCCACGGGAAAGCAGCGGCAUUUUUUGUAGUCGGUGCUGCCCUGGGGGAAAUGGCUAUUCCUGCAGUCAUUGGAAUUCUUCAAGGGAAAUAUCCUGAUCUACCUGUGGUUUUGUACACCUCUUUGGGGGCGGCAGUAGCUACUGCUGUUUUGUUUCCUGUGAUGUAUAAGUUAGCCACCUCACCGCUCAGUCGUCAGCGAAAAGAGCACAGAAAAAGUGAGGACCAGAAAGCUUUGCUCCCAAGCCCUGGGCUAAAUGACUAUGAGGAAGGGAAUGAAGAUGAUGAUGCAGAAAAAUGGAAUGAAAUGGAUUUUGAAGUGAUUGAAAUGAAUGACACAAUGAGGAAUUCUGUAAUAGAGACAUCUAGAAAUAUUCUGAUGGAGCCCACAGCGGAAAUCUCCAACCAGUUCCAGUCACACGCAUUAGUGUGUGAGUUCUCCCCGGUUAAUACUGGCAAGUGCCCUGUGGAUCAGCUUCAAGAAACCAGGACAAAAGGGACUAGCACUGAGAGGAGAUGGAUAAUUCACUGACUUUUUGAAUAACUGCCAGUUCUCAAGAAGCCAGCCAGAGCAGGGCAUUAGCAGAUUUUCAGCACACUUUGGGGGUCGAAAUGUCUAGGUCAGAGUAUAGCACAUACUAGAAGGUUUUGAUAUGUUCUGUAAUUCCCAGCAUCUUCCAUGAAGAACCAGUGGUCUCGUGCAGCAGGAUCUUGUGAGGCUGGUGUUUGGCAUGUGGCUGAUGAGGUAAUAUUUUACUGUCUUCCCCUCUCAGAGCAUGCAAAGAAGAUUGAUUAGUUGAACAAGUUAUCAAUCACCAGUAUUCUACCAGGAAAGUGGGAGAGAGUCAUUGCAUAGAAUAGCCUCUUUGAACCUGGACAGAGAUUGUGUUUACUUAUUUUACCCUGCCUGUACUGUUGGGCCGCAGAGUGCUGAUGCCUCGUUUGAUUCGAUUCCCUUGAAGAGAACACAGAACAAGGCCCUAUAGACAUGGCUUCAAGCCUUGACUGUCGCUUCCUGGCCUUCUGGCCCUGCACGCGGUCACUCACCUGGCCUAGGCCUCCUUUACCUCAUCUUUCGAUCUGGGAUUCCGUAAGUGAAAAUAAGACAGUUUUCGAACUAGGAAUCCAUAAGUUUUAAAGUUUGCGUAAGGUAUCUGCUAGAAAUUAGUGUAAGUGCCACUCCACUCUUCAUUUCCAAGAAGUGAAAUAAAAUCAAUAGCUUCAGGAAUGUGCUGCUGAUUAUAAAUACAUGUGAGUUUAAGAAACUCAGUGUUUACUACUUUAUUUGAAUAAUUACCUGAGGAAUAAAUUUUUUAAGUUCUGAAUUUCAUUGAUUCAAAAAUUCACCUUUUUUCCCACAUUUUUAACAUCUCUGAAAGCAGAAUAUAUCUUAAAAUCAAUGAUCAUUUAACAUCGUGACAAACUUAAUUGAAAGUUCUUUUUCAUAUAUAUACUGUUGCAUUUUACAAUCAGUGUCUUAGAUUCUGUGGAAUACAGUAUUUCAUUCAAUUAUGGAGAUUAUUUUUAGCCAUUUUAAAAGGAAAAGUUUUUUUUUAUAUGCUAAUGUCCUCGAUGCUCAAAUGAGAUUUGGCAAUGCUGUGUUCCAAAUCCCUAUUUUGGAGCUGCUGCGUUAGUAGCAGGACUGUGUUCAGGGUCUCUUGAGGUCCUUUGCCUACCUCAGUAGCAGAGUCUGGGUCUGAGCCUUGUUGUUGCAGAAUCUCCUCAUCGAGUCCCAUUGUAAGCACUGAGACCAGGCUGUUAGUUUCAUGGACAAUUAGGCACAGUUUCUAGUGAUUGGAAUACUUGCGUCCCUCAUCCAAGGCUCCUCCUUUGUGAGUCUGAGAUACCAAGGAAACCAAAGUAAUGGUGAGAGCCGUCUUGGUGGCCUAGGAGUCAGGGGUCACAAAGGGUGCUUCCUGCGAAGGUAGCAGAGCUGGUGUGGGCGACCCUUUGAAAAAUGACUAGCAUUGAUGACAGGUUUUGUUCACAUCUCUUUACCAUGUUUUAUGCUGAAUAACAUGGAAAUUCUACCUUAUUGCAGUGUGUCUCCUUUUUCUUAAUUAUGUAAAUUUGCCUUUGUUUUUUUUUAACUUAAGUGCAUUACAGUGCUUUUAUUGACCACUGCCCAUUCGCUUUAUAAACCUGCCAGUGCACUAGUUCAUGUUAAUGAUCUAAUGGGUUUGGAGAGGGCUGGGGGAUAAAUUAACAGUGAAAAGCCUGUGCUUCUUGCUCUUCUUGUACUGUAGUUUUCUCUUAGCUGGAACUUGGAGGUUGCCUCUGCACCAUCUGUGGCUUUUCCUUGGGUUGUUGGUAUUCAGGCAGUAGCAGCUACUGGGCAGCUGGGAGCCUGGCUGGAACAGGGACUCCACCCGCAGUGUCUGCAUUGGAGGGUAGAGGAUGCAGCUCAGGGAGAGAAGGAUGUUAAUACGAACAUGGCAGACAAUUUAGAAAUCCACACUGGAAAAUCCACUAGAGGCCCACAAACAAAUGUGAAUGGCAAUAUGAGAUUAAAGGUAUUGUUAAAGUUUGAUUAUGUAUUUCCAUAUUGGAAGAGUAAGACUGAGCACAGUUCCCAGAAUCAGCAUUCAUCCUAGUAAUCGAUUUCUUAGGUAAGUAGCUGCUGAUAUAGAAAUGACCAGUACUGAAGUUUCUAUUACUGUGUAACAAAUUACCACAAAUUUAGCUGCUUAAAAUCUCAGUUUCCUUGGGUCAGGAAUUUGGGUGUGACUUCCGGGUCUCGCAGGGCUGCCGUCCGGCUGUUGGGUGGACCACGCUCCUCUCAGGAGCCUGGGUUCCCUGCCAGGCCCACGAGGUUGCUGGCAGUACUCAGCUCCUUGCUGUGGUAGACCGAGGUCCCGUGUGUUGCUGGCUGUCAGCUGGCACCAGCGUCAGUUCUUGGGACCUCCCACAGUUCGUUGCCAUGUGGUGCUCACAGAUGCUCUCACAACCUGGCAGCUCAUCUCUUCAAAGCUUGCAGGAAUCUCUUGCCCACUAAGAGUUUACUAAGAUGGAAUCUUACGUAACAGUGUCACGGGAGUGCUGUCCCAUCACCUUUGCCAUGUCCUGUUAUCUUAGAAGCAAGGCACAGGUUCCGUCCGCAUCCAAGGGGAGAGGCUAGUACAGGGGUGUGAUGUAUCGAGGGUUAUAUAAUCAGGUGCCUGCAAAAUAGAGGUCGGGAGAGUUAAACAGCUGGCUCUGGGGAGAAAUGGAAACUUCAGCAGUUACUCACAGAUCGGGGGCAGAGCAGGGGUAGGGGGUGCGCUUCUGUGGGAAUGGCAGGCUCCCCGCAGGCACAGGCCGGGUGGCAGACCUGGUUGGGGGAAUCAUUUUUUAUUUGUGGGGCACUGGAUGGGUUAACUCAGUUAUGCCUUUUUUUCCUUGACAUUUUAUUUUAUGCCCUUCACCACUGUGCUUUUAACCUGUUCAAAUGCAGCUUAAUAUGAGGGAAAUAGGUAAAUUUCAGUUUUAUUGUGUUUUCAUAGUAAAGUGCAAGAACAUUUUGAAAGCAUUUUUCCAUUACUCUUUAUUUUUUAAAUAAAAAUCCUUUUUAAAAGUCAGUUUUUAUUAUAAAAGUAAUGCAGGUAGUUUAAAAAGGUCAUGGUAGAAGAUUAGGUAAAUACAUAAAAAUAUAAGGGACAAGUAUAAGUGAUUCGUAACCCUAAACACCUAGAAAAGUUCUUACAUUUCUCAUCAACUUAAUUUCCUUAGUAAGGAGUAAAGGGGUAAAAAAAAUGUGAUAGUAUCAGAAACAACUUGCAUUUUGUGUGCAGGGUGUAUAACACUGUAGUUGGUAGACUGGUUAUUAGUUUGAAGAAUCGUAGUGUAUUAAAGCAAUAGCAACACAGCCCUGAAAGAUGUGUGAGACUCAGAUUACGUGUGAAAUGAUUUUGUUUCAGGUAGAUUCAUUGAAUAAUUAGGAUAAUUUUCUCAUAACCAGAAUUUUGGGUUUAUCAUAGUAAUGUAUCAAUCCUGACACUUAACAGUUAUUAGUAAAAUGGAGCUUAAGACCCUUAAUGGAAACAGGCACGUUCUUCUGGGGCGCCCUCUGGUGUGUGGGUUCCAUGCCACUGGUUCUGUCCACAGUGGUGCGAGUGUGUGUGCAUGCGUGAACCUACAGAUACUCUGUGGGUUUGGUAUUUUCUGAUACUGUGGGGUGCACUGGGGUUAUAGUAGUAGGAAAGGGAAAAAAGCUAAAUGUGGGGGAGGGUAGGCGGUGAGGGAUGGAAAAAGGACUCAUGGACACGGACAGCAGUGUGGUGGCUGUUAGGGGAGGGGUGUAUAAGGGAACUAAGUGGUAAUGGAAAAAAUCCAAUAAAGAUUAAAUAAAAAUAAAAGCCUUAAGAUAUGAUUCAAAUUUUGUGAGAAAUAUUUCUUUACUGAGAUUAAUUGUAGAUUUAUAUGCAGUUGUACAUAGUGGUUGUUUCACAUUUGCUGUUUGAGAGAUACUUGCUCAGUCUGAAAGGACAGAGAGAGAAUUAGACUAGUGCUUCUCAUAUGUUAAUGUUCAUUAAAACUGCUUGUUAAGCCCUGGCUGGGUAGCUCAGCUGAUUAGAGUGUCAUCCUGAUACACCAAGUUUGCGGGUUCUAUCCCCAGUCAGGGCACAUAACAAGAAUCAACCGAUGAAUGCAUAAAUAAGUGGAACAACAACCUGAUGUUUCUCUCUCCCUCCCUCCCUCUAAAAUCAAUAAAUUAAAAAACGGCUUGUUAAAAUUGCUAUUCCCAGCCAGUAGGACAGGGGUGGAGGCCGAGAUUCCUCAUUUCUAACAAGCUCCUGGUGACGGGGUGCUUCUGGCCCAUGGGCUCACUAGACUUGGGGUAGCAAGUUCCCCUUUUCGGGAGUGUCGAAUUCUUUACUACUUUUGGGGAUUUCAUUUGUUUUGUUUUAGCUUUCCUAGAUUUGACCCUCAACCUUGGGGAGUGCACAGUCCCCGGGCACCCGCUCCUCACGCGCACACUCCAGGACUUUGUCCUCUCCAGUCCUCUCCGUGGCCCUUGGGUGCUUAACUUCACGUGCUUACCGAGUGCCUCCCCUCUGGCGGUCUGUGUGGGAGGCGCUGGGUGCUCACCGGUGAGAAGAGCAGAAGGUUCCGUCUUCGUGGGACUGCCCCUCUGGUGUGCUCCAGGCCUGUCCGGUGGAAGGUCCCACACUGACGGAAAUGUUCUGUGUCUGUGCCCCGCCAGAAGCUGCUCCCACAUCUGCUGAAUUGAGUCCUUGAAAGGUGGCCGGUAUGACACAGAAAAUGAAUUUUCAAUUUAUAUUGGCUAGUGGCUCUCAUAUUGAAUAGCACAGGUCUAGGGGGAGAAACAAGGCGUUAAACAGGUAAUUGCACAAGGCUUUUCCAAAAAGGCUUUAUUUCCUGUUGUUCUAGAAGUUACCAUAUAUCUAGGGUCAGAAAGGUUGUGCUAGAUAGCUUGUCAAAUGGCGUAAUAUAAAUUAUCAUGGCACUUAAGAAAGGCCUGAUUAUAUUAGUUAAUGGGUAGCCUGGAGGGGUGUUUAGAAGUUGUUCUGAGUUUAAACAUGCUGAGUUUGUAAGGUGCCUGCUCCCCCAUCCAGAGAGUGGCCUCCCCUGCACUCCUUCCCCCACUGCCCGGAGUCCGGCGCUGUCGCACCCAAAAGGGGAGCUCUUGUUUCCAUGGUGUGCUGUACCUGGGGUAGUGCUGGGCUCUGGGCUCGGUGAAUGUUUGCUUGCUAGUGGAUGUCUGAAUUCGAUGCAAAUUGUCAGGCCUGGCAGUGUUGGUCUGGUUUGUGUUUUGAACCAGAAUUGGAAAGAAAUCAGACCAAAUUGCAGAACUCUUUUGGAGAGCUUAUUAGGCAAGGUUGGUAGUGGACAGUUUGAUUUUUUACCAAGGAAAAAAGCUCUGUCCCAGCAGGGUAGCACGAGUGAGCUACAGAAGGACUCCCAGGUUGUAAGAGGGGCUAUCACAGCUCUGAUCUCUGCGGACCAGAAGGAUUUCCAGCUCCACACGUUCCAGCCGUUGGACGGGCACUGAGCGCACGCACUGAGCGCACACCGACCGUGUUGACUAACCGCCCUGGGACUGUAGCAGAGGACAGGACUCAUGAGGGCCUUGCCUUCACCAGGCUUGUGUUUUACUGUUUCAGUAAGAUUUGCUCUCACUACUUUCUGUUAGCUGGAGAGCCAGCAAAUCUGAUCGUAAUAGGUUUUAGUAGGUUCCUGAAAAGUCUGUAAAACAGCAAGCUCUUGUUUCCAUGGUGUGUGUGUGUGUCUGUUCAUUUCUAUAUUUUCACAUGUAAUCUUUGGGGUCGUCCUUGGUGUAGAGUUUUGUGAAAAUUACUUAGCCCAGUGCAGUUGAGGUUCAGAUAGGGAAAAGCUGCUCCAAGAGUCUGCAGCGCAGGAGCCCAGUGCCAGCGGGGGGGUUUGCUCAGCAUGAAGGUCACGGUUCUGGCUGAACUGCAUCUUGGGUCACACCUGUGGGCUAGCUGAGUGGUUCUCAUUUCUCAGCCCCUUACUUAUCACUUGCUGAGAACUUUCUACUCUUAGGAGGAGAUUACCCAGUUCCAAGUCCAAGCACUCUUUGGGACUUGACCCUUGUUGGAGACAGACUCAGAGACUAGAGCAUUUAGGAAAGGAAGUUUACCUGUGAAGAGCAAGAGGACUGGCCAAAUAAAUCACACGUAUUUAAAGGAAAAAAGCAGGACCCAGCAGGGUUUCCAGGUUUGCAUUAGUCUGUUCGUGGUGGAAAAGCAGUAGCUUUCCCACACGAUUAUCAUAGUCACAAAGGCCGUGACCAGUUUUCAGACAUCAGCACAGUAAAAACCAGGGAUAAAAUUGCUUUGCUGGGGAGUCCAGGCUUAUGGGAAAUGUUUGAGGUUUUAUUGUUUUUGAGAUCAGAACCAGUCAAGCGACCCUGUUACUUUUUAUUUAUCUUGGGGUACAAAGUGUCUUCCGGCUGUGAUAUGGAUGUGCAUAGUGCUUAGUCACGUUGAGCAGGGUGAAGUGACACUUGGCUCCUGCAGCCGCCGGGAGGAAAGGGCCAUGGGGAGAGGUGUGAUUGCAACACACACCCUCGCUCCUGGGUCAAGUGAUGAUAAGCCUUUGCUCGGUGGUUUUCAACCCCGACUGCCUUGAAAGACUGAUGCCCAGCAUUAUUAUUUAAAUAAGAAUUUAAUUGGAUUGGAGCCUGAUUAUCGAUAUUCUUCAAAGUACCCCCAAGUAAGUGUAACCUGCAUUCAAGGUGGAGAACCGCUGCUUUUAUUGGUGCGGAGACCUGGAAACUCUGCUGGUCACAGUGGUUUUUUAAAGACUAAUUUGCAGCGAGGUGAAGUCGUGCUGCUUUUGUAGAUCCUUAAAAUCUUGUGCACUGUCUCUGAAGGAAAACUGGAGAGGAAGAGCUCCCCCAUUUCCUGUUACCUUUACUGCCACGUGGUCAGGGAAGGAGCAGUUAGCACUGUCUGACAUCCUGCCCCAACAAGCCUUUGGAGGUUGCCCUUCGAGACAGGUUUUCACUGAGCCGUUUUGACUUGGGGGGCUUGAUGGGGUGGGGGUGAUCUUGUAGAUUUAUUACAGCUGGAUUUAAGACUGUUUACAUGGCUUUGUACAGUG